GUAUUCGAAUUGGUGCUUCCGCCAAAACAUGAGAUAGAAAACAAGAACACAAAAAUCUCAUCUUUAUCAAAUUUGAAAGAACCUAAUGAUCUUUACAAAAAAAAAAGAAAGAACCUAAUGAUAAACAGAGCACUGAACAACUCUGCAACACGCAACUAUCUACUUAACAAGAUCAACCAAUGUACAAACCUGUCUCAACUCAACCAAACACACGCCCAAAUCAUUCACAACUCACUCUACAAUGACUUGAUCACUGUAACUAAACUGACCCAGAAGCUCUGUGACUUCAAUGCUGUGUGUAAAGCUAGUUUGCUCUGUUCUGCAGUGCCGAAUCCUGAUCUUUUUCUGUGUAAUGUGCUAAUUAAGGGCUUUUCUAGGAAUAAUUUGCCUGAAAAAUGUGUUUCUUUGUAUUUGGGGAUCAGGGGGGGUUGUGAUUUUGAGCCUGAUUGUUAUACUUAUGCGUUUACUGUGUCGGCUUGUUCGCAAUUUAGUUGCGAAAAGAUGGGAAUGUUGGUUCAUGGGAAUGCAAUUGUUGAUGGGGUUGUGGGGGAUUUGUUUGUGGGGUCUUGUCUUGUUGAUAUGUACUUGAAUUUUGGGAAGGUGGGGUAUGCUUGUAAGGUGUUUGAUGGGAUUCCUGAGAGGGAUGCGGUGUUGUGGAAUACGAUGAUUUCUGGGUUGGUGAGGAAGGGGUGGUUGGAGGAUGGGAUUAGGGUGUUUUGUGAUAUGGUUGUGAGGGGGAGUUUGUUUGAUUCGACUACGUUGGCUGUGGUUCUUUCGGCGGCUGCUGAGUUGCAGGAGUUGGGGGCUGGGAUGAUGGUUCAGGGGUUUUCGAUUAAGAAUGGAUUGGAUGGGCAUGUUUAUGUUCUUACGGGGCUGAUUUCUUUGUAUGCGAAAUGUGGAGAGAUGGUGCCAGCGAAAUUGUUGUUUGAGCAGAUUGAGCAGCCGGAUUUGGUAUCUUAUAAUGCUAUGAUUUCUGGAUUUUCUAGCAAUUGUGAUAUUGCUUCUGCGGUGUCUCUUUUCGGUGGAUUGCUUUUAUCGGGGGAGAAGGUUAAUUCAAGUACAAUUGUUGGUUUAAUACCAGCACAUCAUCCCUUCGGUCAUCUAGAUCUUACAUGGUCAAUUCAUGGAUUUAGUUUUAAAUGUGGAUUGGUUACAAAUUCUUCAGUUUCGACUGCUUUGACUACUGUUUAUAGUCGCCUAAAUGAGAUUGAAUAUGCAAGGAAGCUUUUUGAUGAGUCCCCAACUAAAAGCUUAGAAUCUUGGAAUGCUAUGAUAUCAGGUUAUGCUCAAAAUGGGCUAACAGAAACGGCAAUAUCCCUUUUCCGCAAUAUGCAAGCACUUGGAGUCACUCCAAAUCCUGUAACCUUUACAAGCGUACUUUCGGCUUGUGCUCAACUUGGCGCUUUAAGCCUAGGAAAAUGGAUCCAUGAAUUAAUAAGCAAAGAGAAGUUUGAGUCCAAUAUUUAUGUGUCAACUGCAUUAGCUGAUAUGUAUGCGAAGUGUGGAAGUCUUGAAGAUGCUCAGCGGGUAAUUGACAUGAUGCCGAGUAAGAAUGCAGUGACUUGGAAUGCCAUGAUCUCAGCAUAUGGCCUCCAUGGGCAUGGGCACGAAGCUCUGAAACUGUUUCGAGAAAUGUUGGCCUCUGGAGUUGCCCCAACUGGGGUCACCUUUCUUUCUAUAUUAUAUGCUUGCAGCCAUGCAGGCUUGGUGAGUGACGGGGAGAAGAUUUUUCACGAAAUGGUUAAUGAUCAUGGUUUUGAGCCUUUAGCGGAGCACUAUGCUUGCAUGGUAGACUUGCUUGGUCGUGCAGGUAAGCUAGAUAAGGCUUUGGAGUUCAUAGAGACGAUGCCCUAUAAUGCAGGUCCUCCUGUCUGGGGGGCACUGCUCGGUGCUUGCAUGAUUCACAAGAACACUGACCUUGCACGGGUUGCUUCUGAUAAGUUAUUUGAGUUGGAUCCUGAUAGUGUUGGCUACCGUGUCCUACUCUCGAACAUCUAUUCAGCUGAACAGAACUAUCCUCAGGCUGCCUUAGUUCGACGAGCAGUCAAAAAGAGAAAUCUAGCAAAAACGCCAGGGUGCACUCUGAUUGAGGUUGGUAAGUUACCGCAUGUCUUCACAUCUAGUGACCAGUCUCACCCCCAAGCAGAAUCAAUCUAUGCAAUGCUUGAAAAAUUGAUGGGUAAGAUGAGGAAUGCUGGAUUUCAGACAGAGACUGUAAUGGCACUUCAUGAUGUCGAGGAAGAAGAAAAGGAGCUAAUGGUGAAUGUUCAUAGUGAAAAACUGGCCAUUGCUUUUGGUCUUAUAUCUUCUGAGCCAGGAACAGAGAUAAGAAUAUUCAAGAAUCUUCGCGUUUGUUUAGACUGCCACAAUUUUACGAAAUUUGCAUCCAAGAUCACUAAUAGAGUUAUUGUUGUGAGGGAUGCCAAUAGGUUUCAUCAUUUCAGAGAUGGUGUAUGUUCUUGUGGAGACUAUUGGUGAUUUAAGUUUCCUAUGCUAGUAAAGGUAUGCAGCAUCGCAUCUGCUUAGGGUACGUAGUGGUUAUAUUUUAAUUCUUAUUCUAUUAUAAUUUUUCGAUUUUACUACAUAAAUUAAUUAGCAAAUUAAUGAACUAAAUUAAUAUGUUUGUGAACAUCUUCUCAAGGUUUUAGGCAUCAACUUAUUCAUGUUUAUAACAUUUUCUGAAGUAGACAUUUGCUAAAGUUUCUGGAUACUGAUUCUUAUAUAUCUUUGAUCUUGGUUGCUUGCUUAUGUACUUCAGUGUGUUUAUUUUUUCAUUUGUAUCAAGAAUCAUCAUUCAACCUCUAUCCAUUUUGCAAAUUUAUUUGUGGCAACUCUAUUGCAACAUAUGUUUUCUAUUAAAUGGGCAUUUUGAGCUCUCUGACAAGGUCUGUUACAUACUAUUGUUGCUGUGAGUUAACAACCAAUUCAUCAUAUGAAAGCAUGCCUAGUAGGAUGUGUCCUUUCUUUAUCUUAUACAAGUAACAAUUUUGUGAAAACUUUUAAACAUAUUAAAAUUUGUAGAACAGUGAAUAGCUUGCACUUUUAAAAUCUGGCUGAAGGUAUUUAUUAAAAGGCAAAAGUAGCAAUAUGCAUUUUCUUCUAUUUCUUAUGAUGUAACCAUUGAAAAAACAUAAAAUCAAUAGAUAUCUUUUUGUUUCAUUAUUUCUAUUAUUACAUUAUCUUCACUGAUUUGUGUUUCCAAGACAGUCAUCCCAUGGAUAUAUACCAAGUAGAGGAGACCUUCAGUGCAAUUGGAGUUGAAAGGGCUGCGGGGCUAGAGGAAGGUGGAACGCCACCUUCAACCAUCAAAGUCGAAGUUACAAAUAUUGCUGAUUUCCCGAAUUUCUUUUCAAAGUUCAUUUCAGACAUCAGGAGCUCCUUAUCAUCAUUAAAGCCUGUGGCAAAAGUAAUUUUUUUAAUCAGGAAAUUCUAAGAUAGAAUGGAGUCUGACAUUCACAGCUAUUCGUGAUAUAGAAGAGCAUUGACAAAGACCUUGAAUACUGUCUCCAUUCACGCCAUCUUUAGAAUAUUUUUCAAGCUUUCUGCGACGUCCAAAGCAUGGACAACAGUCACAGCUAACCAUCUUUGGGCGCUUGGGGCCCUUUGGAGGUGCAUAACCAUAUAAAGCUUGUCGCCUGAAGACGCAUCCUGUGCCGACAUAUACUGGGCCUUGUAUUCCAUCCAGACCUUUCAUGUUAAUCUACCAAAGGAACUUACAUCAAAGAAGACUGUGUUUCGGUUUGCGUAUCUAUCACUCCUGUCUAUCCCAUCGAAUCUUUGUGGAAAUUGGACAUAGCAAACCUUUCUGCCAAUUUGUGGAUCCAUCAAGAAACACAUAGCCUCUCGGACCGCCUUGCUGUUGUUCAGGUAAUGAUCGCAAUCCAAGUUAAGCAUGAAGGGAGCAUUUGUAAGGACUGCAGAUACACGUACCUGCAGAGAUAGAACAAACAUAUAACUUGUGAGGCUGGAUCUUGAUUAGGGUUUGAUAGUUUGUAGCACAUGCAUAAGUAUCAGAUACAUCUUGAGAAGGCAGCAUCUGCAGACUGAUUGAUAAUAUAUUUAUGAAUUCUUACCAGUGCAUUCAUAGCACCAGCUUUUUUGUGAUGUUGGAACCCAGGCCUCUUUUCACGAGAAACGUAAACAAGGCGAGGAAGCUCAUUUCCUUCUGCAUCAGGGCCUCCACUUUGUCCUAGAAAGACUUGAAUCAUGCCUGGAUGAUCCUUUGUGUUGUUUCCUGGCCAAGGUGUUCCAUCUUUCAUGAUCCACCCCUCUGCAGGAGCUUUCAGUGCUUUUGCUACUUGUGCAUUGAUUCGAAUCUUGAAUUCUUCAUACUCUCUCUGCCAUAAAUACCACAGAAUAAGUAACUUAAAAUACAAGCAGUAUCGACAUAUUUCAAAUUCAGAAUCAAACCUUCAUAGCUCUGCGCUCCUUUACAAAUGUUGGCUGGACCUUGUCCUUGAGGUAAUCAAUUUUUAGUGAGAAGUACAUCUCUGGUGCUCGGGGCUCUAUAGAAAAUUUCUUGCAGAAAGGAACCCACUUCCGAGCAAAUUCUGCUGUUUCUGAUAGCGCUUCAAAGGUAAGCAUUGAAGCACCAUCAUCAGAUAUGUAACAUGAGAUUUUGUUAACUGGGUAGUCCAUUGCUAAAAUAGAUAGAACCGUAUUGGCUGUAACCAGAGGAGGUUCCUUCAAGGGAUCCACAGUACUGACAAAGAUAUCUACCGGACACAGCAGCUGUAAUAAACCUUUCAGUUUUGUUGAUCUUGGUUUUGGACAUUAGAUUAUGUACCUUAGAGAAAGACGGUCCAGAUAAGUUUCACGAUCAAUGGGAAACCACUUGGGGAACUGAUCAAGAAUCCACGAGACUGCAAACCAGAUCUCACAGAUGACUGAUGUCAGCCAGAGUCCGAAUGCAUCAUUCACUGGAUUAAGGAUUCUAUAACGGAGGAACACAGCUAGAACAACAAGCCGGGUCACUAUCACCAUCCUGUAAGGGUUGAUCUUGCUGGAUGCAAUCGGAACUUUCCUUGAGAGUGGCUGCCUGGCUUCAUCCAACCUGCAGCGUUCAUCCACAUAUUAACAUACUUGUAGGUAAUUUCGUGUCACUCUCUUGGUUCACCUCUAUAAAGUACCGCCAGUAAAAAUUUCCAACAGCAGUUUCCGGGACCAUGAGUCUAGCGCGCAUAUCUGCUGGCUGGAUCAGGACGGAAGGACUGAAGCCAGAGUGUGAAGCAGCUAUUGAAGAUUUGUAAAGGAGUGAUGUCAGAACUUCGACUCUUGUGGGAUUCUCCACAAGUCCCUGCUUAGCAACCAUUGCUUUAAUCCUCGCUAAGCUUGAGUUGUGAAACACAAACCUUCUAGUAAUCCAGCUCUUUUGAAGUGAGCAGGAUUCUACUAGCGGUAGAUCUGAAUCAACAGAUGGCCAGGAAGCAUAAUGAGGCUGCGCGUAUUUGCCUGAUUGACUAGCCACGGCUGCCCAGUGUGUGAGAAAAGUGUUGACACCGCAACCAUCUGUGAUUCUGUGUGUUAUGCUGACAGCCAAUGCUAUUCCUCCACAGUCGAAAUGGUUCAGCUGAACAACCAUUAAAGGGCUGGAAUUGUUGUUAUUCAUGUUCAAUCCAUCCCACACAGAGCCUGGUGGGAAGAGCAGGCCUAAACUGUCAUCUUCAGCAUAGCUAUAAUCAGCCGGAUUUUCCAGGAUUUCAGACAUGCCACAACUGACUCUGGCCUCGACAAACUCCACACCAUGGUCAUUGCAAUUGACGUAAUUUCCGGAACCUGACAACCUGCCCGCAAAUGGAUAGUACGAAGUCAGGGUCUGCGCCAAGGAACGUUUCAGACGCUCAGCAUGGCUGAUUUUAUUCAUGCUUCCGCGAGGCGAGACGGAUGAGCUAGGAAAGAAAAGAACCAUAGGGAUGUAAAUAUCAGGAGUGCAUACAUCUCUGGAGGAAAGAUUGUAUCGUUUCAAGUCAGGGUGUGUUGAGAAUGCUGGCUUAAUGACUGUUUGUGAUGUCGUCGAUAAGAUUGAACCCAGCUGCCUGGUGGCUGAUUCUAUAGCACUUCUGCUCUUCAUCAUUAUACAAGAAAGCUACUUAUUUGUUGAAGAGGAUUAAGCCAGAAAACUCAUAUAUAGAUGAAACAAACUAGUUGACUUGAGUUAGUGACAACUGUUGUGUAUUAAGAUAUUCUGAUGAUAUGAUUUAUAAACCUUAAUUAUAUUUGUUGAUUAUAA